AAAACGACGUCCAUUUCUCUCGAAUUCUCGAUUUGGGUAUAAUACGCACGAUGCCUACCGCGAGCAGGUGGCUGCCAGACUCCUGUUCCCCUCAGAAAUUCCAUGUUUCCCCAUCUUCCCCCGCUUCCUCCUCUGCUGCUCCAGGAAUAGAGGCGCCGAAUAGCGUGGACGGGGCGUGGCAGAGGGGGGAUCGAGAAUAUCCCAGCUUCCCAAACCCCACUCCAGCUAGUCCCGUGCCGAUUGAUUUCCGGCUGAAAUUCUGCGGAAGAUGAGCUCCGAGCCCAGGGAGCUGCUCGGAAUCGACCCCAACGAGCUCCGCUUCGCCUUCGAGUUACAGAAGCAGAUCUCGUGUUCACUGCAUCUGACAAACAGAACAGACCAAUACAUCGCCUUCAAGGUUAAGACAACGAGCCCAAAGAAGUACUGUGUCCGGCCAAACAACGGCAUUGUGGCACCGCGAUCCACAUUCGACGUUCUCGUAACCAUGCAAGCACAGCGGGAGGCGCCGCCGGAUAUGCAAUGCAGGGACAAGUUCCUUGUGCAGAGUGCCGUGGUCAGCCAGGACAUCGCACCCAAGGAUAUCAACGGAGACAUGUUCACCAAAGAAUCGGGCAAUGUGGUGGACGAGGUGAAGCUGCAGGUUGUUUAUGCUCCACCGUCGAAACCGACAUCCGUAAAUGAGGGCUCUGAUCAGGAAAGUCUGGGCAGUUGGAGUUAUCAAGAGACAACAAGAGAACUUGCAGAACCAGAAACAAUACCGUCUGACCCCUUGGCUUUAAUUUUGAAGUUGAUGAAGGAGGAGAAGAAUUUUGCCGUUCAAGAGAACAAUAAGCUUCGAGAGGAACUGCGUCUCCUAAGACGGGAAAUCAGCAGGCAGAAUGUCGGUUUCUCGCUACUUUUCGUACUCGUGGCCGCUAUUCUGGGCGUCCUCCUAGGCUUUUUCAUGAAGAGAUGAGAUUCUGUAACCAUGCAGGCUGUUUCAGUUCUCUGUCAAGACCUGAAUACCAUACGUGCUCUCGGUCUUGUUAGCCAUAUGUACAACCCAUGGCCUCUUAUCUUUGUAUCUGAUGCCUCUUGUAAUUUUUUUAAUUCAUAUUAGCUGCUAUAGUCAGUCAAUAAGUCAUCUAUCGCCCUAAGCUCUCGGUAUUUGUUAGAUUGUUAGUGGCCCUACGGUUUAGCCUAUUCGAUUAGGUAAAUAUUAUGGCUAAUUAUUUGCAUCUUUUGGCACCUGUAAACAGAAUAGUUGCUUUGAUACUAUGGCUUUGCAGUAAUAUAUACAUUACUAUAUAUGUAGAA